GGCAGGAGGGCAGAAAGCAAGGGUCACAUCCAUGACUGUUCUCUGCACACAACUCCCUCGCCGCGCUCGCCGGCUCAGGCCUAUCCAGGGACGAAGCUGGGGUUGCACACCGGCUCCAGGAAAGGCGAAAUACCGCAGAUGGGGUGGUGGGAGUGGGAAUAUUGCGACCACCAGAGGCUGGGUUCCUGGACGGGGAUGUCCAGCAACCACAAGGAAAUGCAGAAACUGGGGAAGUUGCGGGGAGCAGGACGGCAGGGGCGCCGCGGACGACCGGGUGCACAGGCCUGAGCGAGCGAGCGAGCGCCAAACAGGACACCCGCGGUGCACACCUUGCGCCCGGCCCGCCUGCUGCUCACAGUUCCGCCAAGUACCCACAGGAGGCCCAGACUCAGCGGCGCGGGUGCAAGCGCCGGGCGGGGCCUCUGCGUACGGUCCCAUCUCCGCCUGCAGAGGGAGCAGCCGGCUCCAGGUUCCAACGCGCAUUCCAGGCCUCUUCGCCUCUCCCCUCCGCUCUUGGCUGGAAGUGGACCCCAACUGCUCCUGCGCCACUGGGGCCUCCUGCUCCUGUGCCAGCUCCUGCAAGUGCAAAGAGUGCAAAUGCACCUCGUGCAAGAAGAGCUGCUGCUCCUGCUGCCCUGUGGGCUGUGCCAAGUGUGCCCAGGGCUGCAUCUGCAAAGGAGCAUCGGAGAAGUGCAGCUGCUGUGUCUGAUGUGGGGACAGCUCUGCUCCCAGAUGUAAAUAGAGCAACCUGUACAAACCUGGAUUUUUUUUUUAUACAACCCUGAGCCAUUUGCUACAUUCCUUUUUCUAUUAAAUAUGUAAAUGACAAUAAAACAGUUUUGACUUGA